CCAGACGUUAUCUCUCUCUCUCUCUCUCUAUCGGGCUGUCUCUCUCUCCUAGGGUUUGUAGAAAGGCGAAGAAGGGGCAGCAAGUGCAAUGGAUCCAGCUCAAUACCAACAACAGCAACAAUGGUACCUUCAACAGCAACAACAGCAGCAAUCUCUUUAUCAGCAGCCCCCGCAGUACCAGCAGCCUCCCCCGCCGGCGAUGUAUUAUCCUCAGGCAGCCGUUCCUCCUCAGGCAGCCGUUCCUCCUCCUCAGCAGCAGCCAGCUGGUGGGAAUGAGAUACGUACGCUUUGGAUUGGGGAUCUUCAGUAUUUUAUGGAUGAGAAUUAUCUCCUGAGCUGUUUUGCUCACUCUGGCGAGGUUGUUUCUGCAAAAGUUAUCCGUAAUAAGUCAACUAAUCAGUCAGAUGGCUAUGGCUUCAUUGAAUUCGUGAGUCGUGAUGCUGCUGAGAGGAAUUUACAAACAUAUAACGGCACACUGAUGCCAAAUGUUCAGCAAAAUUUUAGGCUAAACUGGGCAUCUCUUGGGGCCGGGGAGAAGCGUGCUGAUGACGGUGUUGCCUAUACCAUAUUUGUUGGAGAUUUGGCUGCUGAUGUUUCAGACUACACUCUUCAAGAGACCUUUAGGGUACAUUAUCCAUCAGUUAAGGGUGCCAAGGUUGUAACUGAUAGGGAGACAUCACGCUCAAAAGGUUAUGGGUUUGUCAAGUUUGGGGAUGAAAGCGAACAAUUACGAGCAAUGACCGAGAUGAAUGGUAGUAUGUGUUCAAGUAGGCCCAUGCGUAUUGGCCCGGCUUCUAACAAGAAGAGCGUGGAUGCUCCACAAUACCCAAAAGCCACAUAUCAAAAUAAUCAAGGAGCACAAAGUGAGGAUGAUCCAACUAACACCACUAUUUUUGUUGGUGGUUUAGAUUCUAGUGUGUCAGAGGAAUAUCUCACAGAAGUGUUCAGCACCUGCGGGCAAGUGGUUCAUGUGAAGAUUCCUGUAGGCAAACGAUGUGGAUUUGUUCAGUAUGCUGACAGGUCUUGUGCUGAGGAAGCAUUGAAUAGAUUGAAUGGAAGUCAGUUGGGUGGACAGAGUGUUAGGCUUUCCUGGGGCCGUACUCCUUCAAACAGACAGCCUCAGGUAGAUACCAACCAGGGAAAUGGUGGUAGUGGUGGGUAUUAUGGUUAUGGACAGGGUUACGAAACUUAUGGGUAUGCCCCACCCGCCCAAGCUCCUAGUCUUUAUUAUGGUGGCUACCCUGGCUAUGGGAACUACCCCCAAAACCAGCAGCAGCCGCAGCAACCUCAGUGAUUUGCCGGGUCAAUGACAAUGCAAGAAUAUAGUGCGAGGAUUGUUCAAAUUGGGGUGUGCAGAUAUUCGUAGCAAGAAGUGCAUUCACAGCUACUUUAUUUGUUCUACAAUUUGAAAACCGGUGUUUAUUUCUGUUCUUUAGUGGGAUGAUACCAAACUUUUUCUUAUGUAUUACUUAAGUUGCUUGUUUUACUUCACUCACAGAUGGUUCCCCCAUUCCCUUUUCUAUCAGGUAAGAGGAUAGGGGAAUUGAUGAGGGACCUGUGAUCUUGACAUUAUACUUUUAAUUGUUAUGACUAAGAUUGUUAUUUCGAAUA